AUGGGGUGGCGGCGGAGGGGCGGCCGGCACCUCCCGGUGUCAAUGCUGCUUCUGCUGGGCUGCGUUUUCCGCCGGGAUCUCGCGCAGACAGAUGACAGCGGGAAGUCCGUUUACUUCUGGGAAACAGGUCCUUGGGGGAGAUGCAUGGGCAGCGACUGCGGCCCGGGUGGCAGCCAGAGCCGGGCGGUGUGGUGCGCCCACGUGGACGGCUGGACCACGCUUCACACCAACUGUGAUCAGUCGCUGCGCCCGUCCAACCAGAGGAAUUGCUUCCGCGUCUGCGACUGGCACAAGGACUUAUAUGACUGGCGCCUGGGCCCCUGGAACCCGUGCGUGUCCGUCUCCUCCAGGGCCUCGGGGGCCCCGCGGCCUUUCACAUGCAGCGGCGGCGAGGAGGGCAUCCAGACCCGGGAAGUGGGCUGCACGCUCAAAUCGGACGGCUCCCCCGCCGAGGACGCCAUCUGCGAGUACUUUGAACCGCAACCCCGCCUGGAGCAAGCCUGCCUGAUCCCGUGCCCUCAGGACUGCGUGGUUUCCGACUACUCCCCGUGGACGGCCUGCUCCAAAACCUGCGGAACCGGCUUGCGAAACCGCGUCCGUAGCGUCCUGGUCCCGCCGCUUUUUGGCGGAUCCGUCUGCCCCAAUCUUACGGAGUUCCAGUCGUGUAAAGUGGGGCCCUGUGCUGGGCCGGAGGGCAUGUACAGCCUGAGGGUGGGUGCCUGGACACCGUGCAUUCUGCCUCAGACGCGAACGACACGCCAGGCCAAGCGGCGCAAGGGGAAGGGCCAGGGGGACAAAGAUCCCGAAACCAGGGAACUUAUCCAGAAGAAACGCACCAGGAACCGGCUGAACCGGCAGGAGGGUUCCUCUUGGGACGUGCAAGUGGGAUACCAGACGCGAGACGUCACCUGCGUUCACAGGAAUAGCAGUGCCGUGGCACGCAACUUAUGUUCACCGAGGGAAGCGGCUCUGACCAUCCAAACGUGCGUGAUGCCCCGAGACUGCCAGCUGAGCGAAUGGAGUGACUGGUCGACCUGCUCCGAGGCCUGUUCCGACUCAGACUCGCCCGGUGGUCGACGACUGCGGCGCAGACGGGUGCUGCAAAUCCCAACGGGCGAGGGCGCCGAGUGCCCCGUGCUAGAGGAACGGGAGCCCUGCGAGCUGCAGGGUGACGCCGUCGUCCCCUGUGCUGUCUACACCUGGAGGACCACCGAGUGGUCCGACUGCCGGGUGGACUUGCUCUUAGGGCAGCAGGAUCGGCGCCGUGCAAAUCUGACCGGAUUGUGCGGCGGCGGUCUCCAGACCCGAGAGGUCUACUGUGUCCAAGCCAACGCCGAGCUCCUCAAGUACGUCAACAACUUCCAGGAGAAAGACAAAGCAGAUCAGACCCAAAGACAGCAGAAGCCUAGCAUCCCCCCACUCCUCUCUGUCUCCUACCACAUCACAGCGGCACAACCCGUAGAGAACCGUCUAUGUCGGGGCCCCGUUCCUGAGCGGUCUCAGCUCUGCCAGGUGACCUGUCCCGUGGAGUGCCAGGUGUCACCCUGGGGCGCCUGGGGGCCGUGUACCUUCGAGAGUUGCGAUGAACAGUCGGCCAAGAAAGGUUUCAAAUUGAGGCGGCGUCAGAUCAGCAACGAACCAACCGGCGGCCCCGCCAACUGCCCCCACCUGGUGGAGGCGCUGCCUUGCGACCGGCCGGUUUGCUACGACUGGCGACCGGUCGGCCUGGACCGAUGCGAGCCCGCUGAUCGGAAGCCGUGCGGGCCCGGAACGCAGAUGGUUCGGGUUCAAUGCGUUGACAGUAACGGAAAUCCGGCGGACGAGCGUCUAUGCUCGUCACUGACACGUCCGGAUCCGUCCGAAUGUCAGGUGCCUUGCUCAAGGGACUGCGUGUUAAGCGAUUGGACAGUGUGGUCCAGCUGCUCGCAGACGUGCUCCAGCAAGACGGCGGAGGGCAAGCAGCUGAGGACACGAUCCAUUCUGGCCUACAACGCCGGCGAAGGUGGCGCCGUGUGCCCCAACAGCAGCUCCCUGCUGGAGGUUCGCAACUGCAACGAGCACGCCUGCACCGUCUACCACUGGCAGACGGGCCCCUGGGGGCCCUGCACCGAGGACCCCUCCGCCCCCAACGCCACCUCAGCAGGGGCGUCCGCCGGUCUCGCUGGCUGCUCCCAAGGUGUCCAAACCAGGAAGGUCAUGUGUGUGCGUGUCAACGUGGGACAGGUGCCCCCCAAAAAGUGUCCAGACGGUCCGCGUCCCAGCACAGUGCGUCCGUGCCAGCUGCCCUGCAGGAAGGAUUGCAUCAUGACCCCUUUCAGCGAGUGGACGCCGUGCCCUGCCGCCUGUGACGCAGCGGGCAAUGCCGUGAAGAGCAAACAAUACAGGAAGCGUUUGGUCAUCCAGGCGCCUUCCAACGGUGGUCAGGAUUGCCCGGAGGUGCUCGAGGAGGAGAGAGAAUGUCAGCCCCCAGAAACCUGUCCCGGAGUCAGGUGGAAGACUCACAAGUGGAGAAAGUGCCAGCUGGUUCCGUGGUUCCUCAGGCAGGACCGACCCGGCGCUCAGGAGAAUUGCGGGCCGGGACUUCAAACGCGAGCCGUGUCAUGUCGACGGCUGGACGGGACGCAGGUGGAUGUGGGCGAAUGUCUGCAGCUGGCCCGCAGCAUGCCCGCCCUCACCCAGCGCUGCCAGCUGCCCUGCCAGGAUGACUGCCAGCUCACCAACUGGUCCAAGUUCUCGUCCUGUUCCGCUGACUGCGUGGGGGUGCGCACCCGCAAGAGGGCCUUGAUUGGGAGAAGCAAGAAGAAGGACAAGUGCAAGAACACGCAGAUGUACCCCCUGAGCGAGACGCAGUACUGCCCGUGCGACAAGUACAACGCUCAGCCGGUGGGAAACUGGUCCGACUGCAUCCUGCCCGAGGGGGGCCGCGCCGACGGCUCCCUGGGCCUCAAGGUAUCGGCGGUCGACCUCAAGGAGUGCGGCCAGGGCUACCGCUACCAGGCCAUGGUCUGCUACGACCAGGAUGGACGGCUGGUGGAGACGGCCAGAUGCAACAGUCACGGUUACAUUGAGGAGGCGUGCAUCAUCCCGUGUCCGUCCGACUGCAAGCUGAGCGAGUGGUCCAACUGGUCGCGCUGUAGCAAGUCGUGCGGCAGCGGCGUCAAAGUGCGCUCCAAGUGGCUGAGGGAGAAACCCUACAACGGGGGGAGGCCCUGUCCCAAGCUUGACCACGUCAACCAGGCUCAGGUGUAUGAGGUGGUGCCGUGCCGGAGCGACUGCAAUCAGUACGUGUGGGUGGCCGAGCCUUGGAGCGUGUGGAAGGUCAGCAACGUAGACCUGAAGGAGAACUGUGGAGAAGGCGUGCAGACCAGGAAAGUCAGGUGCAUGCUGAACACCAUCGACGGGCCAUCUGAGGCGGUGGAAGACUACUUGUGCGACCCCGAGGAAAUGCCCCUAGGUGCCCGUGAAAGUCGCCUGCCAUGCCCAGAAGACUGCGUCCUCAAUGACUGGGGUCCCUGGAGCCGCUGCAGCCUGCCAUGCACCAAAAGCAACGGUCGCGUACGUGCAGCCUACACGCUACGUUCCCCAAGUGCCGGAAGACUCUGCCCCGACACCACCGAAGAAGAACCCUGUGGCCUCAACCUGAACUGCUUUAACUACUUCUACAACAUUACUGACUGGAGCACCUGUCAGCUGAGUCCAAACGGCGUGUGCGGGCAAGGCAUUAAGACGCGCAUGCUGGACUGCGUCCGCAGCGACGGCAAAUCGGUAGACAUGAAGUUCUGCGAGGAGUUAAACUUGGAGAAAAAAUGGCAAAUGAACAUCUCCUGUGUGGUGGAAUGCCCUGUCAACUGCCAGCUGUCCGAGUGGUCCACAUGGUCCGAGUGCUCGCAGACCUGCGGUCUAGACGGCAAAAUGUGGCGUCAGAGAUCAGUGGUGCAGACCUCGCGGGGCGACGGUCGGCCAUGUUCAUCUGCGUUGGAGCAGUGGAAACCGUGUCCGGUGCGGCCGUGCUACCGAUGGCAGUAUAGCGCCUGGUCCGAGUGCCGCGUGGAGAGUGUGGUGUGUGGUCACGGCACACGCUACCGGAACCUGACCUGCUUCGUAUCGGACGGAGGCGAUCGCGACGAUGGCAGCCAAGUGGACGAGGAACUGUGCGGUGGUCUGGAGUUGUCCGUGGAUGGAGACAAGCGAAUCCGCCUGAAGGAAGCUUGCACACUACCCUGCCCCGGUGAAUGUUACCUGAUGGAGUGGUCCGACUGGAGCUCUUGCGUCAGCAUCUGCGUCAAAGAUGCCGGAGUCGACUUUGGUUCGGUUCGGGUGAGAUCACGAGCUGUGGUGGCCCAGGAGCCGGAGAACCUGCAGCUGUGUCCGGAUCAAGCAUGGGAGUCAGAACCUUGUUCAGGAGGCGAAUGUUUUGAGUACAAGUGGCUGAGCAGCUUUCGACCCAACACGUCACGACCGCUCAUCUGGUGUCAGCGCUCUGACGGACUCAACGUCAGCGGGGGUUGCCUUCCCACCACACCAGUGAUGGACGACAGCGCAUGCGACCCUCCCUGCGUUCCACCGACGUCUUACUGCAGCGAGGUGAGGCAGGAAGCGGGUAUGUGUAUGUGCGAGGAAGGCUAUACGGAGGUCUUGUCGAGCAGUGGGCUCCUGGACCAGUGCGCCCCCAUCCCCAUCUUGGAGAUCCCCACGGGGGGAGACAAGAAAGGGGACGUCAAGACCAGCCGUGCCAUAAACCCAACAUUGACCACCACCACGCAGCCCGGACGCUCGGGACGCACGUGGUACCUGCAGCCUUACGGACCAGACGGCAAAUUGAAGAUUUGGGUGUACGGCGUAGCGGCAGGCGCCUUCGUGCUGCUCAUCUUCAUCGUGUCCAUGAUCUACCUGGCUUGCAGCUACUGCGCCCGGCUGCAUCGCUCCCUGGCCUCCCAGGAGCACGCCGCCAACGGGGGGGUUAUGUGGACGGGUCAGCAGGACCCCAGUGGGACGCUGUAUACCUGCCCCGAUUGUCAGGAGCUUGCUGAAAGCGGCGGCAGCUGA